AUGGCUCGCCCUACCGACUGCCUCUUCUUAUCCUUCAACUUGUUAGCUUUAACGUCUGGUUGUUUUGCCAUAGGUUCAUAUCUCUACUUCCAAACCAAUGGAGUCACUGAUUGCAAGAAUGUCGUCCAAAAGCCACUUCUGGUAAUGGGUAUCAUUUUGAUGGUUAUAUCAUUGAUAGGAUUCGUUGGUGCAGUUUGCAAGCUCACUUCCCUGCUCUGGUUCUACUCUUUCGUGGCAUUCUUGGUUCUUGUUGGGCUGACUGCUUUUUCAGUUUUGGCUUACAUGAUCGAUAAUCCGAAUGCUAGUGAGAAAUUAUCAGGAAUAGGUUUCAAGAAGCAUAGUAUUGGAGAACAUUACGCACAGUGGUUGCAGAAUAUGGUAAUUAAUGGGAAGCACUGGAAUGGUAUUAGAGCUUGUUUGAUUGAUCAUGAGGUAUGCAAACGUCUUCAUAAGAAUAAUCUUGUCCAAAAUGCUGGGGAUUUUUUUCUCAAGAAAUUGUCUCCCGUUGAGGUAUAA